AAAAGGAAAAAAUCGAGCAGGAAGUUGUGGCAAUGCUGCAAAAGGAGGAAUUCAGGUGGUCUCUCCACGCAAAGAAGACUUUCUCAGUCCAGUAUUUUUAGUACCGAAGAAGGAUGGGGGGAGCAGGCCUGUGAUCAAUUUGAAAGAGUUGAAUUCACACAUCGCAUACCAGCACUUCAAAAUGGAGGGUCUGCACCUCCUAAAACAACUUGUUCAGAACAAGGAUUACAUGAUCAAUAUCGAUCUCAAGGAUGCUUAUUUUUCAGUACCCAUGAGCAAACAGCAUCGACAUUUCCUAAUGUUCACCUGGGGGGAAGAACUGUAUCAAUUCACUUGCCUUCCCUUUGGGUUAGCACCAGCUCCUCUAUUGUUCACAACGCUGUUGAAGCCAGUAGUGUCGCUUUUGCGUCGCCUGGGUUUGAGGAUGAUAAUUUAUCUAGACGACAUAAUUGUUUUGAACCAAACUCAGGAAGGCAUAUUAAGGGACAGGGACUCAGCCUGUGGCUUCUGCAGAACUUGGGUUUUGUGACCAACUGCGAAAAGUUGGUGCUACAACCCUCCCAUACCAUGGAGUAUCUAGGUUUUGUGAUAAAUUCUCUAGAGAUGAAGCUGUCAUUACCAGAAACCAAAAUGAAUCAUCUUGUGCAAUCUUGCCGAGAUCUGAUUCAAAAACAGGUGUCCUCGGUCAGAACAAUAGCAAAGGUGAUAGGGAAGCUGACAUCCUCCAUGCAGGCAGUUUUCCCAGCACCCUUGCACUAUCGACACCUGCAACGAUUACAGAUCAAAGGUCUGUUGACGGGAAAAUCCUACGAGACGAUGGUCUCACUCGAUCAGAACUGUCGCAACGACCUUCAAUGGUGGAUCGAUCAGAACUCCAUCUGGAAUGGUCGAGCAAUAAUUGCUCCUGCCCCGGAUCUGGUGAUAACAACAGAUGCAUCAAUGAGGGGCUGGGGCGCAGUUUGUCAAGGGGUUCAUACAAGGGGAUUGUGGACUCCUCAGGAGGCCACCUCCCUUCAUAUCAAUGCUCUAGAACUAAAGGCAGCCUUUUUUGCAGUGAGGGCCUUCACUGCAAAGAAAACCCAGUUACAUGUUCAUUUAAGAAUGGACAACAAAACAGCUAUUACCUAUAUACUCAAAAUGAUGGGUACACGGUCUUCAAUCCUACUGCGCAUUGCUCAAGAAUUGUGGAAUUAUGCCCUACAAAAUCAAAUUUCCCUAACAGCAGAGUAUUUACCGGGGAAAACUAAUCACGAAGCCGAUUGGGAAUCUCGAAUUAUCAGGAUUCCAGCGGCUGGAAAUUGA